GACGCUAUGGAGGCGGUGUUUGAGGUGGGCGCGUCUCCCGAGGCAGGUUGGGCUGCACCGCAGCGCUUACACUACAAUGGCUGCUGGAGAGAGGGGAAAGCAAACAAUUUCCAGGCCCGCACCGUCCAGGCAAAAAUAUGGGAAAAAAAUUAUUAAAAAAUCGGAAAGGCACCUAAACCCCGGAAAUCGACCGCAGGAAGGAUGUUAAGGCUCCCGCGGCAUACAAAAAUGGAAACGUCUAGAGUCUGGUGUCCCCCAAGAAGUGCUAGUGAGACUGGUUAAGGAUCUGGGAAAUUUAUUGGACAACCACCAGGUGUGAACCCUAUGGAAUCUAUCCAAUCUAUCCAAUUACAAUUUUAAUCCCCCUUUGGUUUUUUUUUUUGGCGACCACAUGGAACUUGAGAAGCCACCUAAAGUGCUGUCACUUUGUCAAAUUGGGCGAUUGCCAAGUGUCAAGCAAGAAGGCCUGGUUUAGGCUGCGAUGGCCACUGUCAUUCCUGGUGAUUUGUCAGAAAUAAGAGAUACCCAAACUGUUCCUUCAGGGAAGCGUAAGCGUGGUGAAACAAAACCAAGAAAAAACUUCCCUUGCCAACUGUGUGAAAAGGCCUUUAACAGUGUUGAAAAAUUAAAAGUUCAUUCUUACACUCACACAGGAGAGAGGCCCUACAAGUGCACACAGCAAGACUGCACCAAGGCCUUUGUUUCUAAAUACAAAUUACUGAGGCAUAUGGCUACUCAUUCUCCAGAGAAAACACACAAGUGCAAUUAUUGUGAGAAAAUGUUUCACCGAAAAGAUCACUUAAAGAAUCACCUUCAUACCCAUGAUCCUAAUAAAGAGGCAUUUAAGUGUGAAGAAUGCGGAAAGAACUACAAUACAAAGCUUGGUUUUAAACGUCACUUGGCCUUGCAUGCUGCAACAAGUGGAGACCUCACCUGUAAAGUAUGCCUGCAGACUUUUGAAAGCACAGUUGUGCUGCUGGAGCACCUAAAAACCCAUGCAGGCAAAUCUUCUAGUGGUGUUAAGGAAAAAAAACACCAAUGUGAGCAUUGCGACCGGCGGUUUUAUACACGCAAAGAUGUCCGCAGACACAUGGUAGUGCACACUGGGAGAAAGGACUUCCUUUGUCAGUAUUGUGCACAGAGGUUUGGGCGCAAGGAUCAUCUAACUCGUCAUAUGAAGAAAAGUCAUAAUCAAGAACUGCUAAAAGUCAAAACCGAACCCAUGGACCUCUUAGACCAUUUUACCUGCGGUGUUCCUAUAAAAGAUGAGCUGCUUCCUGUGAUGUCUUUAUCUUCCAGUGAGCUGACAUCAAAGCCAUUCACAAACAGUCUGCAAUUAAACCUUUACAAUACUCAAAUUCAGUCCAUGCAGAGCUCUGCAACUACUCACCAAAUGGUCGCUCCAACAUUGUCUUUGGGCAUGCCUUGCCCAAUAGAUAUGGAUCCUGUCCAUUCUUCUCACCAUCUGUCUCUGAAAUAUCCACUUAAUUCUACCUCAUAUGCAGUUUCGAUGCCUGAGAAAGAACAGCCAUUGAAAGGGGAAAUCGAAAGUUACCUAAUGGAAUUGCAAAGUGGCAUGCCACCCUCAUCCCAGGAUUCUCCAUCAUCCUCUUCCAAAUUAGGAAUGAAUCCUCAAGUAGGGCCAUUGGAUGAUGGUUCUGAUGGAGUAUCCCUCUCGAAAAGUUCAGUGUCAAUUAGUGAACCUCUUAAUGCAUCAUCAUUGGAUUUUAACCAGCUUUUCAAUUUUAUACCUGCCAAUGGUCCUCCAUACAAUGUCCCUGCGUCAGUUGGCAAUUUGGGAAUGGGCUAUUCCUCAGAGGAAGCCCAUUCCUCAAUGCCACAACUCCCACCGCAACCACAAGAUCCUCAAGAUCCUAGCAAUAAUUUAUGUUUUGGUUCUCUACACCCAUUGUCCUCUGCUUUUACAAGUAGUCUAAGCACUACAACAACAUUGCCACGAUUUCAUCAAGCUUUCCAAUAGGAAAUGGUAAAAUGGAUUGAUUUAGCCUGUUUUAACCUUAGUGCCAAUGAACACUUUAAAUACCUGAUACAUUAACAGUCUCCUCAAGCCAGUACAUCUUUAGCUUUUCACAUUGUACAAAUGUGUAUGUGUUUACUUUGAGAGAUUUUUUCCUCUUAGCAUUUUUUCACUGCCAUGUUUUUGUUCUAUAGGGAAAAAGCUAAUGCUUUAACAAACCAAUGGAAAGACACAUAUUGAUCUCAUACUUUGAUUUUUGUCCAUCAAGUUAUGAGUUUUUACUCUAACAGUAUUGCUUAAAAUCCAGUUGCUUUUCUUUAAAUAACAGUGUUUUGUAUGAAUUAAUACAGGAUCUCUCUAUUUAGUGUUAUAUAUCUUCACUUUCUUUUAACAAAACCUUUCCAGAACAAUGUUUCUCCAUGAAGAUUUUAUUGUGGUCAUCUUCUAAAGUAAGUGAGAUCUUUUGGUGCAAAACCCCCUUAUAUGAGCAAAGAUGUGUUUGUGUUAGUAGGAAAAUUCUAAGAGUAGCAGGAAAAUAAAAGGGAUGGGGAAGAAGGGCUUGCUGUAAAGCAGAGAGCGGCAUUACUCUAUACGUAAGUAAUAUCUUAUAAGCCCUUUAAAAGCAACUCUUUUCUAAGCAUUGCUGUUACAUUUGUUCUAAAACAAUUAAUACAGCUGAAUUUUUUUAUUCAGUGAGAAACAAAUGUAAUUGGAUUUUAGAUUUUAAGAAACAAGGUAAAGCAUAUCCAAACCUCAAUUUAUUUGACUUUUUUGAAUGUUUAAUGUUUAUUAAUGUUUAGCAUCAGUUUAAAAUGAGAAAAACUAGUGGCACUUGUAAUGUUUGUUAAUAAGAAUUGUUUUAAGCUUAGCAUAACAAUGUACUUAUCCCCCCCUUU